AUGAGCGAGCGACAAUUGAGUAUAGCAGCGGGGAGUCCCUACGAGUUGAUACAAAAAAUUGGCCGUGGGAAGUAUUCGGAGGUGUUUCGCAGCCGCAACUGCCAAAACGGGGAGUUGUGUGUCUUGAAGAUUCUCAAACCGGUCCGACUGAGGAAGAUAUAUCGCGAGAUUACGAUUUUACAAAACCUCUGCGGGGGUCCGAAUGUGCUGCGGCUGCUGGACGUCGUCAUGAUACCGCCAGGGGAGACCCCGGUGCUCGUGACAGAGAACGUGGAACCCGCCGAGAGCUUUCGCAGCCUCAUGGCCACCAACAAGCUCACCAACUUUGACAUGCGCUACUACCUGUACGAGGUGCUGCGUUGCUUGCACUUUGCCCACAGCCGCGGCAUCUUCCACCGCGACAUUAAGCCGCAGAACAUUAUUAUUGACCACCAACGCCGGAAGCUGCGGAUCGCGGAUUGGGGGCUGGGCGAGUACUACAUUCACGGCCAGGCCUACAACCUUUGCGUUGGCACGCGACACUUUAAAGGGCCAGAGCUGCUCGUUGGCCUCCGCCUCUACGACUACUCGUUAGACAUCUGGAGCGUGGGAUGUAUCCUGGCCGAGAUGCUGUUCCGCACCUUUCCUUUUUUCCGCGGCGAGAACAACGAGGACCAGCUCUUCCAGAUUGUAGACGUGCUUGGCACGGAGGACCUUGUGCGGUACACGCGCAAGUACAACAUUCACUUGCCGCAGCACCUGCUGGCGCGCAGGGGGCUGCUGAAGUGCCCGAAGCGGCCGUGGCACUGGUUCGUGAACCCCCGCUGUGCUCCGUGGUGCGACGCGCAGGCGCUGGACCUGCUCGACAAGAUGCUGAAGAUGGACCACCAGGAGCGCAUCCUCGCCGCUGACGCGAUGCAGCAUCCCUUUUUUGAUCCCGUCCGAAGCGCCCUCCACAACGAGCCGCAGGAGCAGUACCCUCACCUGCAGAGCUGA